AUGCAUUUUUCUAUUGAUGAUCACAGUCGUGUUAAACUACAAAAUACCGAAAAUGAUUAUAUUAAUGCCAGCUUAGUUGACAUAGAAGAGGCACAGAGGAGUUACAUCUUAACACAGGGCCCACUUCCUAAUACAUGCUGCCAUUUCUGGCUCAUGGUUUGGCAGCAAAAGACCAAAGCAGUUGUCAUGCUAAACCGAAUUGUGGAGAAAGAAUCGGUUAAAUGUGCACAGUACUGGCCAACAGAUGACCAAGAGAUGCUGUUUAAAGAAACAGGAUUCAGUGUGAAGCUCAUGUCAGAAGAUGUGAAGUCAUAUUAUACAGUUCAUCUACUACAAUUAGAAAAUAUCAGUAAUGGUGAAACCAGAACAAUAUCUCACUUUCAUUAUACUACCUGGCCAGAUUUUGGAGUCCCUGAAUCACCAGCUUCAUUUCUCAAUUUCUUGUUUAAAGUGAGAGAAUCUGGCUCCUUGAACCCUGACCACGGGCCUGCGGUGAUCCACUGUAGUGCAGGCAUUGGGCGGUCUGGCACCUUCUCUCUGGUAGAUACCUGUCUUGUUCUGAUGGAAAAAGGAGAUGAUAUUAACAUUAAACAAGUGUUAUUGAAUAUGAGAAAAUAUCGAAUGGGACUUAUUCAGACACCAGAUCAACUCAGAUUCUCAUAUAUGGCUAUAAUAGAAGGAGCAAAGUAUAUAAAGGGAGAUUCAAAUAUACAGAAACGGUGGAAAGAACUUUCUAAGGAAGAUUUAUCUCCUGCUUUUGAUCAUUCACCAAACAAAAUAAUAACUGAAAAAUACAAUGGGAACCGAAUAAGUCUAGAGGAAGAAAAAUUGACAGGUGACCGAUGUUCAGGACUUUCCUCUAAAAUGCAAGAUACUGUGGAGGAGAACAGUGACAGUAUUCUACGGAAACGUAUCCGAGAAGACCGAAAAGCUACCACGGCUCAGAAAGUGCAGCAGAUGAAACAGAGGCUAAAUGAGACUGAACGAAAAAGAAAAAGGCCAAGAUUGACAGACACCUAAAUAUUCAUGACUUGAGAGUAUUCUGCAGCUAUAAAUUUUGAACCAUUGAUGUGCAGAGCAAGACUGAAGCCCACUCCGGAAACUAACGUGAGGCUUCCUAUACCUGUAGAUUGCCUCACUGUUGUCUGUUUACAGAGUAAACUUUACAUCCAGGGAAUGAAGAGCACCCACCAGCAGAAGACUUUGCAGGACCCUUUAUGAUGUAUCAUUAAGUGUUUUUUAAUGUGUGUAUGAAAUGUAGAAAGAUGUAAAAGAAAUAAAUUAGGAAACUACUUUGUAUUGUACUGCCAUUCCUACUGUAUUUUUAUACUUUUUGGCAGCAUUAAAUAUUUUUAUUAAAUAGAC